UGCGAAAAGCAUUAGGAGUUAAGUGUGAGUGGUUGGAAUUGGAAGUAAAGAGAGAUCAUCAAAGGAAGAAGAAGUGUCUCUCUUUCUCUUUCUCUUUCUCUAUCUUAUUCUCUAGUUCAUGCUAGAAUAGAUAUAUGUCUUUGAGUUUGUGUCAGAAAUAAAACACAGAGAAAUUAAGAAUCCGAUAAGAAUGGUACAUUCGAAGAAGUUCCGAGGUGUCCGCCAGCGUCAGUGGGGUUCUUGGGUCUCUGAGAUUCGUCAUCCUCUCUUGAAGAGAAGAGUAUGGCUCGGAACGUUCGACACAGCUGAAGCAGCGGCUAGAGCCUACGACCAAGCUGCUGUCCUAAUGAACGGUCAGAACGCAAAGACCAACUUCCCCGUCAUCAAAUCCAACGGCUCAGAUUCAUCAGUCGUCGUUAACUCUACCUUAAGGUCGCCAAAAUCGUUGUCCGAACUCCUAAACGCUAAGCUAAGGAAGAACUGCAAAGACCAGACACCGUAUCUUACGUGUCUACGCCUCGACAACAAAAGCUCGCACAUCGGGGUGUGGCAGAAUCGAGCCGGUUCAAAAACGAGUCCAAACUGGGUCAAGCUUGUUGAACUCAGUGACAGUGUUAACGCACGUCCCGGUGAAGAUACUGAGGUUCAUAAGAUAAAGAAACGUAACGACGUCGUAGAGGAAGAAGAUCAGAUGGCGAUGCAGAUGAUCGAGGAGCUGCUUAACUGGACUUGUCCUGCUUCUGGAUCCAUUGCACAUGUCUAAAGAACAAAUCACUGAAGUAGAUGACCAAGAUUAUAUAACAUAGAAGAUGGAUGAUAAAUAAUGGAUCGUAUAAGUAAUAUUACGUAAUUAAAAAAAAAAGUAAUAUUACGUAGCUUUAAUUAAUACUUGUCCAACAUAUAUAUGAUAGCCCUAUAGAUAGAAAUAAUACUUUAUAUACGUAAACAUUUUUUUAAAAUAAUAUAUAUAUAUAUGUUGUGGUGUAAUGAA